GGACAUCCGGUUCCGCUUGCACUCAACCUGUUUGUUUUUCCUCCCUGUGAGGCUCAUUAAGUGUCUCCCAAAAGCUCCGGGAGGGCUGCUGAGAACCGUCCCCGGGAGGAGUGAGGCGGCUUCGGCUCCAGGAACACCGAACCGCGUUCAGACACCCGUCCGGAACCCCGUGUGCUUGUCCAUUCACCGGCCGCUCUCUCUGUGUGUCGCCCCCCCGCUCCUCGCCUCCAGCUCCGGGGCUAACCCCCGGUCACCGACCGACUUAAUGGCCGGAAAUCCGAGGAGGGGCGCCGGUCUGAUCGGCCUGAUGAAGGACGCCUUUCAGCCCCACCAGCAGCCUCUGCAGCCGCACCAGCCCGCCGUGGUUGACAAGAAGAUGGUGGAGAAAUGCUGGAAGCUCAUGGAUAAGGUGGUGCGUCUGUGCCAGAACCCGAAGGUGGCGCUGAAGAACAGCCCGCCCUACAUCCUGGACCUGCUGCCCGACACCUACCAGCACCUGCGCACCAUCCUGUCCAGGUACGAGGGCAAGAUGGAGAUCCUGGGCGAGAACGAGUACUUCCGGGUCGUCGUGGAGAACCUGACCAACAAGACCAAGCAGACCAUGAGCCUGUUCAAGGAGGCCAAGGAGCGGAUGUACGAGGAGAACUCGCAGCCCAGGCGGAACCUCACCAAGCUCUCCCUGAUCUUCAGUCACAUGCUGGCAGAGCUGAAGGCCAUCUUCCCCAACGGCCUGUUUCAGGGCGACAACUUCAGGAUCACCAAAGCUGACGCCGCAGAAUUUUGGAGAAGGUCGUUCGGGGACAAGACCAUCGUGCCGUGGCGGACGUUCCGUCAGGCCCUCCACGAGUUCCACCCCAUCAGCUCGGGCCUGGAGGCCAUGGCCCUGAAGUCCACCAUCGACCUCACCUGCAACGACUACAUCUCCGUGUUCGAGUUCGACAUCUUCACCCGCCUCUUCCAGCCUUGGUCGUCUCUCUUGAGGAACUGGAACAGCCUGGCCGUCACACACCCGGGCUACAUGGCCUUCCUGACCUACGACGAGGUCAAAGCUCGACUUCACAGGUUCAUCCACAAACCUGGAAGCUACAUCUUCAGGCUGAGCUGCACCCGGCUGGGCCAGUGGGCCAUCGGCUACGUGACGGCGGACGGGAACAUCCUGCAGACCAUCCCCCACAACAAGCCGCUGUUCCAGGCGCUCAUCGACGGCUACAGGGAGGGAUUCUACCUGUUCCCCGACGGCCGCGCCCAGAACCCGGACCUGACGGGGCUGUGCGAGCCGUCGCCGCAGGACCACAUCAAAGUCACGCAGGAGCAGUACGAGCUGUACUGCGAGAUGGGCUCCACCUUCCAGCUCUGCAAGAUCUGCGCCGAGAACGACAAGGACGUGAAGAUCGAGCCGUGCAGACACCUGAUGUGCACCUCGUGUCUGACCGCCUGGCAGGAGUCGGAGGGUCAGGGCUGCCCGUUCUGCCGCUGUGAGAUCAAAGGCACGGAGCCCAUCGUGGUGGACCCCUUCCACCCGAAGGCGGGCGGCGCCUCCUUCGCCGGGUUCCAGGCAGCGGGCAGAGCGGAGGCGGCGGGCGGCGAGGAGGACGAGGACGAGCGGCUGGAGGACCAGAGCCUGGUCAUGAGCAGGCUGGCCUGCUCCAAGGUGGAGCGGCCCCCGUCUCCGGUGUCCCAGCUGCCCCCGGUGCCCCCGCGGCUCGACCUGCUGCAGCAGAGGGCGUCCGGCUCCCAGGGCGCCGCGGCCAAGAUGGGCGCCACGCACCGGGACAAGCCGCUGCCGCUGCCCCCCGCCCUGAGGGAGCUGCCCCCGCCCCCGCCCCCGGAGCGCCCCUCGCUGGCCGGCCCGGACUCCCGGCUCCAGAGGAGGCCGCUGCCCUCCACCCCCGACCAGCCCGCCUGGGCCUCCAACUACAUGGUGCCGCGCCCCCCCACCAAGGCCCCGGGGGGUCCCGGGGGCCCCGCGGCCCCGGCCUCCAGCCCGCAGGGCAACGGGGCCGUCGGGGACCCGGCCAAGCCGCAGGCGGCCACCAACGCCAUCUACUGCCUGGCUGCGAGGUCUCUGUCGGCGUCCGCGGAGAAGGCGCCGUCCGACUGCGAGGAGAACGAGUACAUGAGCCCCACCUCGCUGCCGGCCCCCGGCGGCCCCUGGGCCGGCACGGGCGCCGCGGUGCCGCCGCCGCCACCGGGGGGCCACCCGGACACCAGCGAGGCGGGGGACAGUGACUCGGAGGACCCCCAGGUGUACGAGUCCAUGUGUAACAUCCAGAGCCAGGCCGCCUCCUCGGACACCGCGCAGGCCUCGGAUUACGACCACCCUCCCCCUCCUCUGGCGGCGGCGGCCUCUCAGGACAGGCAGGAGGACGCCAUCCUGGAGGACGUGUACGAAUACGACUGUCCCAGACCGGCGGCCCCCCCGGCCCCCACCAGGAGGACGCUGUCCGACAUGAGCGGCCCGUCGGCAGCCUUCAGCGGCCUCAGCGUGGACGCGGCGCUGGACUCCAGUCUGUUUGUGGCGGGCGUCGACCCCGAGCGCCCCCCCAAGCCCCUCCCCCGUCGAGCCAACUCGGACCGCCGGCCCCGGCCCCUGAACCGGGACCUCUCCGCCCCGCUGCCGGAGCUGCCGGGCCCCUCCUCCCCCGUGCUCCCCCCUCACCCCCCGCCGGCCCCCCUGGUUGCCGCCGCCGCCACCGCCGGGGGGAGCCCCGCCCUGAACGGCGAGAUCGAGUGCCUGAUGUCUCAGGGCUACUCCAUCCAGGACAUCCAGAAGGCGCUGAUGAUCGCCCAGAACAACCUGGAGACGGCCAAGAACAUCCUGCGAGAGUUCGUGUCCAUCCCGCCGGCGCCGCACAUCGCCACAUAGUCGCUCCAGCCCGGCUCCGCGGCACGCCCCCCCGCGGGGGCCCCGGUGUCCAGGUCAUACCACCACAGCCACAGUCAGCAGAGCGAACAGCGGCCGGCAGGAGUUGGCGUUGGUCCGUCUCCUGCCUGAUAUGACCUGAACGCCAGGAGAGCCAGAAGCCCCCCCCCCCCCCCCGGCUCCUGUCCCCGCCGCUGCUGUGCAGCCGCCCCACCCCCGGUGCUUUUAUCAGCUUCUCGCUAAACCUGGCGGCGUCGGGAAACGUAGCUUCGGGAGCCGGCGGGCCGAGCGGCGCUCUGUGAACGUGGAGUGGACAGCGUGGCAGCGUCUCCUCCAGUGAAAUAACCAGUUUGAUGUUUAACGUGUCGUGCCGUGUGUCAGACUAACAUGAACUAACGUUUCAUCAGGAGGCGCGCUCUCUCUCUCUCUCUCUCUCUCUCUCGAUGUCUCUCUCUUUUCCGCCGGCUCAGACGGGAGGUCAGUCAGACUGGAGGGACGGGCGCUGAGACGGAGGCGGGACUCGGACUCAGGUACUCACUAACCCGGGACGCCGCAGACGCGCUCCACUGAGCGUCUCGGGUUUCAGCCUCUCAGCAGCUCCUCAGCUGGAAACCCAGAGUUAGAAUGAACACAUGAACGGAGCUCUGAGGGACCGCGGGACGGGCGGAGUCCCUCCAGUCCGCCGGAACGGAGGGUCGGCCAGUUAAAGGACGGGCGAGACUAACGGUCGGUCGUCCUCCCGGUCCGCGCCGCCGCCUGAUGACUCCUGCAGUAGUAAACGUGCCUUCUGUCCAUCAAAACCAAAACGCAGCUCUGACCUUCCCUCUGUCAGAAAGGUCAAGGGUCAGGUCACCGGUUAGCUGAACGUGACUCCCGGAUUCCUUCAGAGGAGCUAGAAGCUCCCGGCGUUAAAUGGAUUCCGGUUUACUCCACUAACGACGCUCAUGCUGAUACUAAUGUGUUUACAGCAGGAGUCGGACUGAAUGCUGGGAGACGCGGCUCGUCUUCACUCGUCUGGAGUUUCCUGACCGCCGUAGCUUCUCUAACACCCCGGAAACACCCGCUCUCACACACCCUUCCCCUGACCGGACACUGGGCCGCUCAGUCCGCCGUGGCAGGUUCACUUCCUGAGCACUUUAGCGGCCGGUGGGCGUGGCCAGAGCGGCGAGCCGGCUCGGCGUCGCCAGCGCGUGGUGAAAACAGAGCCGAGCGGCCGGUAGACGUGGCCUCAGGUUCCCGUUUCCGCAGCUUUAACCCCCCAUCCCGAACCCAAAGCCGAGGCUUCGUCUCAGAGCCGAGUGGACGCUCCUCUUCCUCUUCCUCCACUUUAAUCUCAUUAACUUGCCUUUUUUCCAGCAGGAACUUGCCUACUACUAAAAAAAACAACUUGUCUCCAUUGCUUUGUUGUUGCCAGUGUAGAUAUGAUUUAUUUAUUGUCUUUUUAAUAUCCUCUGCAUUCAUUGUGUUGCCAUGUUUUCAUGCCUAAGCCAUUAAGAUUUUUAAUUAAACAGUAUUUUCUUUAA